GUCUCUUUAUCGCUGGCCAUGACAGGAGCUUGCAGCUCCCCGUUUCGCCAACUUCGCAUCCCAUGGAGGCGUCACCACUGACACGCCAGCCUCAGCCAGAGGUCUUUGUUCCCAAGAUCAUCGAGCUCUACUCUGUCCUUUUCAAGGAGGAGGACGAUGGCGACAAAUCAGAGGGCUUCUGGAGGGAGUUCUUCCUGUUGCGACCCGACCGGCCGACGCUGAGGAGGAUUCUAAACGACAUCCACCCGGCCGAUUUACUGCUCCUGGAGGGGCGGACGAGAGAGCUCUUUAGCCAGGCCAUCGCGGCGGUUAAGAAUGGCAAAGGCUCGGCCCCCUUAUAUGCUCUUGAUACCUUGAGCGUCUUUCUCGCCUGCGUAUUGACCAAGAAGCACUCGCAUCCGAGCUCCGACAUCAUCACCAUACUGGCCGGUCUAGAUCACGUUGAUACUGUGUUUACAGAUUUCGUGAGCACGCUUGAUGGGAUCAUUCGCAAUGGGACAAACUUGGAGCUGAGCCACAAGGCUAUCGAGGUGCUACUAGCCGUCUCAGCGGGCGCAUAUCAGACGACGCUUCUUACGUACAUGAUACAGAGGGACCUCUUUCCCUCCAUUAUGAAGUUUAUUCAAAGCUCGGAGCAACCUGAGCAAGGCCUAGAACCGUUUACACUGUUGGGGAUACUCGCCAACUAUAACAAGUUUGAGUUCCAAAACCCAUAUCAACUACGGUUGAACGAUUUCGUCAACGAGGCCGUCAUUCAAAAAGUCGUCCGCUGCAUUGGAGAUGCAUGCCAGGCGUUACGAAAUGAUUACAUUGACAUUCAAGAGGACUUGCCGGAGGGCUGGACGUUGAGUAGCACUCUAAACAUGUUUGGACUUGGAGCCAUCACGCCCGGUCCAAAGCCUGAGAAGAAGCCCGUGUACGACGCUGCAACGCAGAAGCAGCUGUUUACGAAACUACCUGGCCAAAAUGCGGCCGUUUUGUUGGCAACAUAUGAUUUCUCUCAUGCGAACAAAUUGUUUUGCUUUCAUCUCGUAACCUUGCCCAGUGAAAGGGGGAAGGAGCGUCCCAUGGCCAACUACCUGUCACUCACCUCUUAUCUUCUGCAGCACUCUCACCUGUCGUCUCGAGCAACAUAUUAUGCGCAUCUCAACCUGAUGGUGUUUCGUCUGCUGAUUGAGGACCCGGCCAUCUGCAAAAAGAUUUGCAGUGACGAGUCCAAGACGUCUGUGCGGCUCUGUCGACAACGGCAGCCAUUCCUGCCCCUGGUCAAGGGGGAGCGAGUUCUUGCAGCAUGCGUUCUUGAUACUAUGCUGGACGGUAUUAACCACAACCUAAAACGGCGGUUGGACGUAAGCCUCUAUGUUCUCUGCCUAGGCAUCAUGCUCCGAAUCAUCUCCUAUCUCUCGCGGUCCCGAACAAGACUGAGUUAUCAUUGGUCGGAGUUUUUCCGUUCUUUGCUGUCGCUCAUCCGAUUCCUCAAUACGUAUGCUUCAGAUUUGAAAGAUUUACAGCACAUCGACACAGUCCUCGACCACGUCGUGAAUUUGGUAGCAUUGUCGCUGUCUGCCGGCGAGGCCUUUUUGCCAACUCCAGCAGCAUACGACGACCUCUUUUACAAAGUGUUUGAAUCGGGCGAAGUACUAGCUUCUUUUAAGGAAAGCUACCGGCUAGGAAAUCGCAACAGCAAUUCCAUUGACACGCUGAUCAACGUCAGCGCACACUACAAGCAAAUGCUCACCGAGAGAGGCAACUCGGAGAAGAAGUUGCCCAGCAACCUGACGACGCAUCAGGUCGCCGAGGUGAUUAAGCAGGGCUACGAGACCCUCAGCAUUCAGGCGAAGGAGGGACUGGAUGGGUGGGAGAGAUACCGGGAGGCGGACGAGAAGAUUUUGCUCAAGAAGCUGGCGAGGACGGCGGUGGGAGAUGUGAUGGGUAUGGUGGAGCGGCAAAACUAACGUAUUUAAUAUACUGGGAUCAUCUUUUACUUUUCUCGGCUUCUUAUUCUUCUCCUUUUCUGCUAUUGUUUUUGUAUUUGUGUUACUUUUUUUUUAAUCAAGCCAGCAUCUUCGAUUCGUCUUCGAUUCGUUUUUGAUUCGUCUUUGAGGGGACUGUUGGCAGGCCUAUAGAGUGAGUGGUGAAAAGAAAGGAAAGGCUACUCAAGACACGGCAAGUAGCCUAUAUGAAUUUCUCAUCAAGGCUGUAUAGCAAGGCACAGGGUCAAGGUCAAGCCUCUUAUGUGUAUUAACAGCAUAUUCCAUCCGUCAACUUAGCUCCUGUCAUGCGUAAUAUCAAAAACAACAACAGGGCGCUUUAUAUAUUACAGACCCUCACUCACCGGCGUACUGUGGAUAAACCUUGCAAAAGUACUCUCCGUUACCAUCAGUCUAUAGAUACAUAUCAUGAGUCAUC